GCGUCAGUGCCGCGCGCCGUGGGAAACCUGACAAGCAGCAUGGCUGCGGGUUGUUCAGAGGCGCUGCGGGCCAAUACGGCCUCUGACGGGUCCCUGGCAGGAUCUGCAGGCGUCCUGCCUUGCCUAGAGCUUCCUACCUAUGCUGCUGCUUGUGCGCUGUUGAAUAGCCGCUACUCCUGCCUGGUGGCCGGGCCACACCGAAGGCACAUCGCCCUGUCGCCUCGCUACCUUAAUAGGAAGCGCACCGGCAUCCGAGAGCAACUAGACGCGGAACUCCUCCGCUAUUCCGAGAGUCUUUUAGGGGUCCCCAUUGCAUAUGAUAACAUCAAAGUUGUGGGUGAACUGGGAGAUAUUUAUGAUGAUCAAGGACAUAUUCAUCUUAACAUUGAAGCAGAUUUUGUUAUUUUCUGCCCUGAACCAGGGCAGAAGCUUAUGGGUACAGUUAAUAAAGUGUCUUCUAGCCACAUUGGCUGUUUAGUGCAUGGGUGUUUUAAUGCUUCCAUUCCUAAACCUGAGCAGUUGUCAGCUGAGCAGUGGCAAACCCUGGAGAUAAACUUGGGUGAUGAACUAGAGUUUGAAGUAUUUCGUUUAGACUCAGAUGCUGCUGGAGUAUUCUGCAUUCGGGGAAAACUAAAUAUCAGCAGUUUACAAUUUAAGAGUUCAGAAGUUUCUGAAGAAGUAACAGAAACUGGCACUGAAGAAGUUGUUGAAAAGCCUCCAAAGAAGAAAAAGAAAAAGAAGAAAGACCCAGAGACAUAUGAAGCGGACAGUGUCACCAUAAAGCAAGCAGAUUUUGCAGAUGACACCCCAAAGGAAGAAUUAGACCUGCAGAUUACUAAUAAUGUAAGUGGCCUCUGUGAGGAAGAGCCAAAGAAGAAGAAAAAGAAGAAGAAGAAAAAGGACCAGGAAGAUCAAGACCAGGACCCUGUUUUCCAGUGCAGUGACUCCAGUGGUUACCAAAGUGACCAUAAAAAGAAAAAAAAGAAAAGAAAACACAAUGAAGAGGCUGAAUUUACCUCACCGAAAAAGAAAAGGGAAAAGUAAUUUUCUUUAGUGCAUUGUAAAUAUGCUUCUGUUUUUAAAAGAGUGAUUUACACAUAAUAGAUGAGUAAAUGUCUUGAAUGAUAUGAAAUGCUUACUCAUACCAGAAGUUUGCAAAACAGGAAACACUUAAUCAAGAGUUGGAGGUCUGUGUGCUAAAUAUUAUAAAACUGACUAUAAGUUAAUUUGGGGAAUACCAAGACCAUUAAAGUACCAUUUUAUUUUAUACAUAAUAAAAAGAUAAGAGCUGCUCUCACUCUUGACCUUUAUAUUCUCUCAGGUUUUACUCUCUACAUAAAAUUAUUUCUACAAUCUCAAGACUAGCAAAAGGACUUUAUAUUAUUCGUAUCAUUAAA